AUGGAGGGUAUGUGGUCUUUGCGCAGGAGGUGCGCUGCACUCCUGCUCUUCAUCGGGCCCCUGGGUUUUCUUGGUUGGACCGGCGUGAGAGCGGACCUACCCAUUCACGCCACUGUACAUGACAUCAAAGGAGACUGGACCUUCUACUUAACUCCCGCUGUUUCCGGAGAUGUUAGCAGCUGCGGAUCCCCAAGUCCUAAUACAAACACUGCGAAUCUCCGCGAUGAACUAAAGGACUACAAAUCCUUCUUGGCCACCCAAGGCGGAAUCAAGACGGAAGUGCGAGUCUCGCUGACCGACAUUCCAGUGUCUUUUGCGACGACCCGCAGCGCGGCCACACUCGAAAGCCCCCACCGAGCCAGCUGGAAGACUCUCGGAGUGUUUGAUGGCCAGGAUAAGCAACGGCUAGUGGGCAGUUGGACAACCGUGUACGACGAAGGUUUUGAGGUGGACAUUGGCGGCAGCACAAGGCUCAUGGGGUUUAUGAAAUAUAACCCGCAUAGCCACUGCUCGGUUGCCGACGGGGACUUGGAGAACUCACAAGGCGCCACGGCCUGCUAUGCAACGGACCCAUCGAGAACGCAAAUUGGUUGGUACAUCCAGCAGCAAGAAGGCGGUUCGCGCGUGUCGGGAUGCUUCUAUGCGGAGAAAAGCGGCGCUUCGAGCUCCACUCCGGCCGCGUUCGUCGCGAUCAGGGAGGCCUCAAGCGUCGAGCGCCCGUCUGGCCCCGCCGAUGGAAGCGAACUGAAAGACUCGACUUCGUAUAUCUCUCAGUCGUUCGUGGAUACGCACAACGCGUCUCCGGCCUCGAGCUGGCGCGCGGGUGUCAACUCCGUCUUCGCGAACGUGAACCGCCGAGACCUGUCCCGUUUUGUGAAGGAUUUUGGCUUCAAGAAAAUGAGAGUAGCAGGCGACAACGCAGGCGUGCUUUCGUUCAUGCAGUCGAGUACGGAAAUUUCCACUGCAGAGGGAGAUGCCGCCGCCUCUCAGGUUUACGCGUGCCCGUGCAAGAGAGGCGAGAAGUCCUUGGAUACGCGAAAGUUGAAUCAGCUUGAGGAUACUCUGGAGGUGCUGUCUCCAGUGAGCGCCCUGGAAGUUGGGCGCACGAACUUCUUGGCCCCAAUCAGGAGUCACGUUCACCAGGUGGCGAGUACCACAACGGGUCCAGAAGCUCAGAGCAAGCAAUUGGCGCCGGGAGCAACUGUGGCGAACACGCAGGAUCCUCUGACGCUCCCCAAAGAAUUCUCGUGGUCGGAUCCCUUCUCUAAUAAGGCGUUUGACGAGAAAGUCACCAACCAGGGAAGCUGUGGUAGCUGCUAUGCCGUCGCGGCGACGUACGCCCUGCAGAAACGUUUCGAGAUUGCAGCAUCUCGCAUGCUUGGGAAGGAAGUCAGACUCUUUGGAACUGUGAAGGACGAUGCGGUGACGGACAGCGAAGAGGUGUCGUUUCUGAACAUUGGAAACACAAGCGAACUCGGCGAACUAUCCUCACAAUCGGUCCUCUCCUGUUCCUUCUACAACCAAGGCUGCGACGGAGGCUUCCCCUAUCUUGUGGGGAAACACGCGCGAGACAUUGGCAUUCCUCAAGUCAGGUGUAUGGAAUACCAUGGCAAUCACUCGGAGAGCUGUCCGUUUCAAACAGCUACGGGCUCACCAGAGGCGGGCAGUGAGUCGAUGCUGCAGGCCGACGCGAAUUUGGGAGCAUGUGCUGAGCAUGCGAGAUGGUAUGCGAAGGACUACGGCUAUAUUGGCGGCUGCUACGAGUGCAACCAGUGCUCGGGUGAACAACAGAUUAUGUUGGAGAUCUACAAGAACGGCCCUGUACCAGUUGCGUUCGACGCCCCUCCUUCUCUUUUUUCAUACAGCUCAGGGAUCUACGACGCGAACUCCAGUCACGCUCGCGUGUGCGACAACGAUUCACCCCAUUGCAGUGGCGUUCUCACCGGGUGGGAGUACACAAACCAUGCAGUUACGCUGGUAGGAUGGGGAGAGACGAACGCUGAGAAUGAAAAACCUCGCAAGUAUUGGAUCGUUCGGAACACUUGGGGUCCCAACUGGGGUGUCCAAGGAUACCUGAAGAUUGCGCGUGGCAAGAACCUGGGUGGCAUCGAAAGCCAAGCGACUUUCAUAGAUCCGGAUUUCACGAGAGGCCAAGGCUUGAGGGUGGCCAAAGCCAUUGAUGCUAUGAAGCGCGGCAGUUCACUGCCGUGA